UAUUGGAUUGACAGGUCCAUCCUUCUCAUGAGAAGUAUCUAAAUAAGAUGAUUGAUAUGUAUGAUGAGAUGUCUUUGGUGGUUGGGAGAGAUAUGGCUACCGGAAGCUUUGCUAAGCAGCUCGGAGAUGUUGAUGUAACGGAAGUUGACUCCUCACCCAUUGAUUUAGACGAUGACUUUGAUGAGUUGAUGAAGGGAUCAAAAACAUCUUCAUCUACCGUGCCUUCGGAAAAGAGGGCCCACAAAAGACGAAGAUGUUCCGACAAUGAUGAUAAAUAUGCUCCAUUUUCAAAACAACUUGGAGAGAUGGCAUUGGCGAUUAAAUCACUGGGUCAAGGCGGCGUCAAUUACUCUCAACUGUACAAUGAGGUGAUGAAGGUGGAUGGUUAUGAUGAAGUUUCCCUUGGUUCGGUUUUUGAUUACCUAGUUGAGAAUGAAAAAAUUGGAAAAGCAUUCAUGGUGAAGAGUGUGACUCUUAAGAAAGUGUGGAUUGAUAAAUUUCUAGCCAAAGGAGAACAAUGA